CUCAUCUCCACGUCUCUCUUUUCCUCUCCCCUGGCCUCUUUCUCCCUCUCUCUCCAGGGCAGAGAGAGCUUAAUUACAAACAAACCCAGAGCAGACACACACACACGACUUUGUCCUAGCAUGCAUGCCACCCAUGCUGCAACCUUAGUAUGGCAUAUACGUGCAGAAGUUGCAGCAGGCAUAUGCUAGAGGGAUCGAUCGAAUAGAUUGAGGCUGCGAAGAAGUGUGUGGAGGGUGGUGGCUCUGUUGAUAAGAGUUCUUGGCUCAUCUCUAUCGAUGCCAGAGUAGUGAAUUCAUCGUCAUACAUACGUACCUGAAUUCUCUGACAGAGAAGAACUCUGGUGAGUUGGGUUGAUCUCAUCUUGUAGCCAGGCACCAGAUGGCAGCCACCAUCACGCUGAUCGGAGCAGCGUCCCCCGGCCUCGGCGACGCCGGCUGCCGGGACACCGGUGGCACUGCCGGCGGACACCAUGGGAGCUUCCACUGCUCUCGCCUGCUGCUGCCCAACAACAAGAGGAGGAGGCCGCCAGUGGCGCCGCGGCGGUGGGUGCUCUGCUCGCUCAAGUACGCGUGCCUCGGCAGCGUCGGCGAGCCGGGGGAGGCGGCGGCGGGCCGGACGUCGAUGACCUCCCCGGUGUACUCCAGCUUGACCGUCAGCCCUGCAGGGGAGGCCGCCGUCGCCGUGGUGUCGUCCGAGCAGAAGGUGUACGACGUGGUGCUGAAGCAGGCCGCAUUGCUGAAGCGGCAGCUGCGCCCUGCCACUCUCGCCGGCGUCAGGGCCAGGGAGCCGCUGGAGGUGCCGCUCAACGGGCUCAAGGAGGCCUACGGCCGCUGCGGCGAGAUCUGCGAGGAGUACGCCAAGACCUUCUACCUUGGAACUUUGCUGAUGACGGAGGAGCGGCGGCGCGCCAUAUGGGCCAUCUAUGUGUGGUGUAGGAGGACAGAUGAGCUUGUAGAUGGUCCAAACGCCUCGCACAUCACACCGCAAGCAUUGGACCGGUGGGAGAAGAGGCUGGAGGACCUCUUCGCGGGACGCCCUUAUGACAUGCUCGACGCCGCUCUCUCUGAUACCAUCACCAGGUUCCCUAUAGAUAUUCAGCCUUUCAAGGACAUGAUCGAUGGGAUGCGGACGGACCUCAGGAAGGCGAGAUAUAAGAACUUCGACGAGCUCUACAUGUACUGCUAUUACGUUGCAGGGACUGUGGGGCUAAUGAGUGUUCCUGUGAUGGGUAUCGAGCCUGAAUCCAAGGCAACAGCUGAGAGCGUGUAUGGUGCUGCUUUGGCUCUCGGAAUCGCGAACCAGCUUACCAAUAUACUAAGAGAUGUCGGAGAAGAUGCGAGAAGAGGAAGGAUAUAUUUACCGCAAGAUGAACUCGCAGAGGCAGGACUCUCCGAUGAGGAUAUCUUCAGUGGAGUAGUCACAAACAAAUGGAGAAAUUUCAUGAAGAGGCAGAUCAAGAGGGCCAGGAUGUUUUUCGAGGAGGCGGAGAGAGGAGUGACCGAACUCAGAAAGGAAAGCCGGUGGCCAGUUUGGGCCUCUCUAUUGUUGUACAGGCAAAUUCUUGAUGAGAUCGAAGCAAACGACUACAACAACUUCACAAGGAGGGCCUACGUCGGAAAGGGGAAGAAACUGCUGGCACUUCCUGUCGCGUACGGGAAAUCGCUGCUCCUGCCGUAUUCGUUGAGAAAUAACCAGACCUAGAUCGAAGAAACGCGGAAGAAGAUGAUCAGGCUAGGCUAGAUAGAAAAAUAGGGCGAUUUCAUCGUAACAUCUGCCUUCCAGCACUUCCUCCUCAAGUUAGAAAAAAAUGUGGCAAAUCGGUCAAUUUUUCGUUCGUGUGUGUAUCAAAUGAAGUGCUGGGAGAAGGAAGGAAGCACAGCAGCCAAACCUAGAUGGAGCAAGACUGAAUGUUUGCAUGUAUAUUAUUGCUAGAACUUAUUAGAGCAUGUGCAUUUGAAAAUAGAACACCAUGUACACUGGUUAUCGACCCCGUAUUUGGGGGGGAACGAGAAUGGUCUUGUAUAAGUGUAUAUAUUCAAACAAUUGUUUGUCUGUAAACCUGAGAGAGAAAGGAAAAAAAAAUGGAACUUCUUUUAGAA